UCGGGCGAGGGGAGGAAAGCCGCCGGGCUGGAGGGAUGGCCGGAUGUCCCUGCCCGCAGCCCUGAGCGCGGCGCUGGCGGCGGCGGUGCUGGUGAUCGCGCUGAUCGUGCUGCAGCCUGAGGACGCGGGGCCGGGGGCCGGCUGCAGGGUAAGCACGGCUGUCCCUUUAAAUAUCCCGAGACCAGCACCUGUUAAUGUUAUUUCUGUAGCAUGGCUGAGACAGAAGCGCUACGGAAGCUUCGGGAGGACUUCAGGAUGCAGAAUAAAUCCGUCUUUAUUUUGGGUGCCAGCGGGGAAACCGGCAGAGUGCUCUUGAAAGAAAUCCUGGAGCAGGGCCUGUUUUCCAAAGUCACGCUGAUUGGCCGGAGGAAGCUCACCUUCGACGAGGAAGCUUAUAAAAACGUGAAUCAAGAAGUGGUGGACUUUGAGAAAUUGGAUGACUACGCUUCUGCCUUUCAAGGUCAUGAUGUUGGAUUCUGUUGCCUGGGUACCACCAGAAAGAAAGCUGGGGCGGAGGGAUUUGUUCAUGUUGAUCGAGAUUACGUCCUGAAGUCUGCAGAGCUGGCAAAAGCUGGAGGGUGCAAACAUUUCAACUUGCUGUCCUCUAAGGGAGCUGAUAAGUCAAGCAAUUUUUUGUAUCUGCAAGUCAAGGGAGAAGUGGAAGCUAGGGUUGAAGAGUUAAAAUUUGAUCAUUACUCCAUAUUUAGGCCCGGAGUUCUAUUAUGUGAUAGGCAAGAAUUUCGCCCAGGUGAAUGGUUGGUUAGGAAGUUCUUUGGCUCCUUACCAGAAUCUUGGGCCAGCGGUCACUCUGUGCCAGUGAUGACGGUGGUUAGAGCAAUGCUGAACAACGCAGUGAGACCAAGUGACAAGAAGAUGGAACUGCUGGAUAACGAGGCCAUCCACGACCUGGGGAAAGCUGAUGGCUCUCUCAAGCCGUGACCACACUGGAGAAAUGCUUUCUGUUGUCAAACUCAACACCCAUCACUUAAUCGGUAAUUACAGUGUCUAAAAAAAACAUGUGCUUUAACUGUGGUUUCACUAUUCUCAGUCUCCCAGAUCCAAUCAAAAAAUGAUCGUGCUCUGCAUCAGCAUUUUAGAGCCUGAUUGUACAUAUGCUGACAUCACCCGGGGAGCCUUUCAAAAAUAGAGAUCCAGCAGCUCCCUGGUGGUCUAGUGUCUCGUGUUCGGCGCAGAAAUGAGAGGUUCAUAGGCCCUACCUCAAACUUUCUCAAUCAGAAUUUUGGGGGCAUGGGCACAGAAAUCUGUUGUUUUAUUUAAGCUUCUCUUAUGGUUCUGAUGCCACUGGUGGGGAGGCCAGCUUUGAAAGCUUGUCUGCAGAGUCACAGCAGCAGUGAAAACUUUAUGUAUCAUGCAGAUGAGUCCUGAACAAAAAUUGUUGACAUUUGUGUCUCUGAGUUACCCAGUGCUGACUGCAUGUUAAUUGUGUAAGUGAACGUUGUGCCUUACUAUUUCUUUAGAAUAUAUAAUAAAAGUUAUUAUAUAACUGA